ACGGUAGUUUCGUCUGGCAGUAGUUCAGGGAUGAGUUCCGGUGGUUCACGUAGACCUGCCUCCCCAACGUUGAUUUCUCGAAUGGAGGAGAAACAACAGUUGGCCGGUUUGAACGAUCGAUUGGCCGCAUACAUCGAGCGUGUCAGGUCGUUGGAGUUUGAAAAUGGAAGACUUGUGAAGGUCAUCAAGUCUUACGAAGAAUCUUCUUCGUCUGAAUCAGCCAAGAUCAAGUCCCUCUUCGAGGCGGAACUCAAUGACGCCAGGAAGCUGCUGGAUGAGAUGGGCAAAGAAAAAGCCAAGGUGCAACUGGAGUUGAACAAAGUCAGAUCAGACUAUGAUGACCUCGUUGCCAAGUUCAAUAACAAGGACAGGGCCCACGGAGAGCUGGAGAAGAAAUAUCUGUCCUGUGAAUCUCAGGUGAACAGUCUGCAGGCUCGAUUGUCAGAUUCUGCUGCUCAGAGAAGAUUAGUGGAAGAGGAGCUGGCCAGGCUGAAGAAGGAAGUGGACCAGCUGACCAAGCAGUUGGCUAUUGCAAAAAAGCAGUUGGAAGAUGAGACCAUCAAGAGAGUUGACUUGGAAAACCGUAUACAAAGCCUGAAGGAACAGCUUGCAUUCGAACAGGAGGUCCACGAACAGGAAAUCAGCACGACAACGACCAGCAAGUCCAGUCUGGGCAUCGACCUGGUGGAGUUGGAUCAGCAGAGGGACUUGGAGAACCAGUUUGCCGAGGCGCUGAGGCAAAUCAGAGAGGAGAACGAUGAACAGAUUUCUAACAGUAGAGCUGAAAUUGAGACAGUGUUCCAAAAGAAGUUCAAUGACCUCCAAAAUGCAUCUGGACACUGGCAAGGUGAGGCAAGGAAAGCCCAGAUGGAAGUUCACCAGUUGAAGUCCAGGAUCGAUACGCUGAAUGGAGAGAUUGAGAAACUCAAUGCCAAGGCAGACAAUGGAGCAGCCCGCAUCGAGUACCUGGAGAGAAUGCUGCAACAGGAAAAAGAUGAUCACUCAUCAAUGCUGGCCAUCAAGGAGGCUGAGAUCAGGAGGUUGAAGGCGCAAUUGGAGGAUCAACUGCAGGAGUACAGGGACCUCUUCGAUCUUAAGAUCAAGUUGGAUGUCGAAAUUGCCGCCUACAAGAAACUUCUGGAUAUUGAAGAGACCAGAUUGCAAUCCUCUCCGAAGUUCACCGUGUCCUCAUCGUCAAGUGGUCGUCGUAGUUUGGAGUUGAGUGGUGGUAGGAAGAGGAAGUUGAUGGAUGACGGGGCGGAUGGGGGCUUCAGUGAGUCCUAUGUGGAGUUCUCAUCCUCAUCAUCCAGCAGUUCAGGGGGACAUGCAUAUUCGAAGGGAGGCAUUCAUCUUCAGGAAGUGGAUGUUGACGGCAGGUUCAUCAAGAUCUAUAAUGGAUCAGAUAAGGAUAUUAAUUUGUCUGGAUGGGCCAUAACUCAGUCGACUGAAGGUCAAGAGGUCACGUACAAAUUCAUGAGGAAUGUGGUCAUCAAACCUCACCACCACAUCACUGUGUGGAGUCAGGACAAGACAGGAACUCAUAGUCCGUCAGAUAUCGUCAUGAAGAACCAGAGCUGGUUGAAAGGGGAGCACAAGAAAUCUGUCGUCACUGACAGCUAUGGAGAGGAGCUGGCUUGGAAGGAAUCCAAGAAAUCUUCAUUCAGGACCGAAAGUGAUAGUUUGAGUCGAGUUGGUGCUCUGACCAGAAGAGGUGCUAGCUCCCUGAUCACCGGCUUCUUCUUGUAAUCUGGAAGAAGAAUGCUGAAGUCGAGUUAUCUCAGUUUAGUUAAUAUUAAUAAUAUUGAUUCGUAUACCUGACCAGACCAUAGGUUCAUAUUAUUCAGUUACUUAGUUGCUAUGUGAAUUAGCUUUCUUUUUCCGUUAAUAAUUAUUAUCCAAAAGAUCAUUAAUUCUUACUAAACCUCGUGACCGAAUGUUGUUAAAAUGUUCUUGAAUGCUUGCUACUUAAAUGAAUUUUUGAAUUAUUGAAUUUAUUUGCAACAAAUUACGACACAUUUAUUUAUUUUUUGUUUUUGAAAAAAUUGAAAGUUAUUUCUUUACAUAUUAUUGUUUUAGGGGUCUUUCUAUAAAAUUUUAUAUUAAUAUUUUUGUUUUCGUAAAUUUUAUUUGAGCGAAUUAAAUGCUUGGUGAGGUUUUCUGAUUAGUAUUUACAGUUAUUAUUGUAUCAUUUUUAUUUCUAUUGUACGUUGUGUGUAGAUUUAAAAAAAAUAAUUGUGAUGUCAGAAUUAAUUAUGGAGUUGCGUUUUUUGGUCUCUCUGACGAUAAUAAUUUUUCACAUUCUUCAUGAUUGUGUAUAUUUGGAGAAUGAUUAAAAACUUGCUCCCCUGUUGUGCGCCAUAAUAAAAAAAAAUAUUUUCAUCAUAAUAUCCGACGGAGUUGUCACUUUUUUUCAAUGUAAGAUUAUUUCGUCACUGGUAAUUCUGUUUUCUUUUUUUCACGUUGAAAGAAUUAACGAUCAUGUUAUGAUUUUAAUGGUUGGACGAUAUAUGAUGAUGAUGCUUAAACAGAGAGUUAGCUUCAAUUAAAAAAUGUUAUUUGUUGCUUCAUAUUUUGGUUGGAUGAUUAAAAAUUGGACUUUUAGAAAAUCUUUGCUUUGUUUUUAUUUCAGUUUUUAAUUUUGUUUAUGUGUCUUCAGUAGAUGUUUACAUUUAGUGGUAUAUUUUUGUUUAAUUCUGCUUUUCAUUAACGGCUUAUAUAUUUUAUUGACGACAUGCUAACCAAAAACGGUGCAUGUGUGUGUUUUCAUGUUUGUGUGUCUGUAUGUAUGUUUGUAGGCGCGUUUUGUAUGUAUCUGCGUGUGUCUGAUUGUGUGUUUGUAUGUGCGUGUCUGAGCUGUAGAAAUUAUAUUUGCCUACGUACGCACGUGUGGUUAUGUGCUUGUGUUUUAUUUUGUAUGUUUUUUAAAUUUCCUAUAACAUUUUAUUUAACUUGAUCCUCAUGUCUGUUCUGUUCUGAUCAUGCUGAUAAUCAGAGUGUCGGAAGAAAAAUAUCCGGCUCCUCAAAAAUAUCCGACUCCGGCCGAAAUCUCCGAUUCCGACACUGGUGAUAACGAUUUUGUGCGUGCGUGUAUGUGUGUGUGCUUUUGUUUGUUUCCAAAGAUGGUGGUGAUAAAUGGUAAAGUGGUUGAUGACGCUUGUGAGUGAUGGUGAGGAUUAUAAACGAUAAUUUAGUGAUAAGUGCUUGCGGUAAAGUUAAUUAAGUGUAAAGAAUUAUGAUGAAACGAUACGGUUGGAUGUAAUGUGGAUGAUGUUGUGAGGAUAAGUGAUGAUGGAAACGACAAAUAAGACUGCAAUGCGAGCGACAUAAUGAAGAUGAAUAAUGAUUAUGUUUACGUGCAUUGAUAAGUGGAAAAUUUGACGUAUCGGAAGUGUUGGCGAUUGUGGUAGCGUUAGACACGAUUAAAUCGUUUAAUGUUGUCGAUGGUGAAGUUGUGAUUACUAUGCUGGACGUGGUAGUGUUAAUGAUGAUGGCGGUAAUGAUAAUAAGGAUGGGGUGGUAGUGGUGAUGAAUGCUCGCGAGUGAAGGCAAACACUUAUCAAAUAAUGUUUUAUGUCCAUUGACGUUCUUAAUUUUUCAUUUUUGUUCAAUUCAACAAGAAUUCUUAAUUUUUGUCACUAAAUGUGUCUUUUUAUACCAAAGAUAAUUAUUUUAAAAAGGA